CGACGAUCGCUACGAAUAGCAGGCACUAGAACGCGCUAUCUCCUGCUCCGUGUAGGCGUCGGCUUUCAAUCUACUGCGUACUGUCCAUUCGGCCUCUCUUCUAUACAUCACCACAUGCUUAUUGCGCCUCGAUCCGCGCUCUAGAACUUACACAACAUGAAGGCGAUCCCUUCUACCUUGCGUCGCUCAACGCGUCUUAAUAGAGCCCGCUUCAUUAUGACGAUACCGGAUCAAUACUCGCCACAUCAACAAGCAGAUGCGGCUAUGACACCUGGAGCCUCGACUUUUGUUAAUAGCCGCCGCCAAAGCUCCGCGUCUCGAAAGCCACUGGGUCUUCACUAUGGUAGUAUUCGCAGAAGCUGGAGGGGAUACCUGGACAAACUAGCGCCGUUCCCUUGGCUGCAGCAUGUGGCGCUCGAAGCAGCGAGCUUCUUCACGAAGCCAGAGGAGCUGGAGUUCAAUCUACCGCGAAAUUUCCAUGGGAAAUACACGCUCGGAGACAAGCUGGGUGAAGGAGCAUUUGGACAAGUGUACUGCGUACUGCCGAUAAAGCAAGAGGCGCGUGGGUGUGAAUUACAAUUGGACUUGGCAGUUAAGAUCGUUCCUAAGUCUCGUGUCGUGAGUCGUAAGGACUAUGCGGCGUUAAAACAGGAAGGACGCAUGAUGGUGCUGUUGGGUGGAACACUUAACGUGGUACAUUUCUUCGGAGCGUAUGAAGAUGACACGAAUGUGUAUCUGGUAAUGGAACGCUGUGUCGGUGGAGACGCUUCGUCCAGGUUAUCAGGCGAGAAGGAGUUGGAUUUGACGGCUAACCCCAAGCAAGAAGAGCGAGCCAAGAUGUACAUGAGAGAUAUCUUGCAUGUUGUAUGGCAGUGUCAUUUACUGCGUAUUUUACACAGAGAUCUCAAGCUCGAGAACUUCUUGUUUGCAGAUACUAAAGACGACAGUCCACUCAAAUUAACCGACUUCGGCGGAGCAGCUUUCCUAGAUGAAGGCCAGUUCUUACACGAUGUCCACGGAACUCCACUGUACACGGCACCUGAAGUACUUAAGCACAAGUACGCUUUUCCGUCAGAUCUCUGGAGUUGUGGGGUGAUUUUGUAUCGUCUGUUAAGUGGACGCUUCCCGUUUGAGUCCGGACCGCUGCUGGAUGAACGUAUUCAGCAUGAAGAGAUUGAUUUAGAGAGCCCUCCGUGGACUGGCAUCUCAGAUGAGGCCAAGGAAUUAGUGAGUCAGCUAUUAGAGCGUGAUGUGACUAAACGCUUGACUGCGGAGCAAGCACUCAAGCAUCCGUGGCUUGCUCCGAGUGCUCCUUUGUCGGCUGAAGCUUUAACGACGGCUUCGGCUGCUGCUAAAGAGGCCACCAAGGGUAUUUCCGGACCGGCACUAAACGGUACACUGGUACAAAGGCUACAACUGUACCGUUCACUUAACAGUCUGCAACGUGCUGUUCUUAACGAGGUUACUCGACUUCUACCGCUUGCGUUAAAGCAAGAUGCGCUGGUACUGUUCAGUGAAGUAUCUCGUGACGGCAGUGAGCGAGUGGGACUCGAGGAGUUCGCUGCGUAUGUAGCUGCAGGUGGCUAUCGCCUUACCAGAGGCGAAGCGAAGGGCUUCUUGCGCAAUCUCGACCUGGACGGCAAUGGGUUACUAUCUCGUGACGAGUUCUGCGCUGCGCUGCUGGACUGGCCACAGCUUCAAAGCCAACAAGCUGAUGAGUUUGUGGAGUGCGCGAACCAGGUUUUUGAUAUGGUAGACGAGGACAGAGACGGUCUGUUGACGCUAGAAGACGUGGCCGAGCUGACUCCGUUCCAGGAAAGCGGGAAACACUUACACUCGUUCCGGAACGACCUGGACCGCUGCUUCCAGUACACUGAUCGGUCGGGCAGAGGCUGCAUUGACAAGGACGACUUCAAGCACAUGCUACGCAUUCCUGCGGGCGCGUACGCUCAUUUCCCUCGAAGGAUCAGAUUCUGA